AUGAGUUCCAACCGACAGACUUUUCUCAGUGGCCCGGGUCCGACGCGUUCGGUACCCACCCGACAUGUGUACCUGCCCUCAAUGGUUACUUCCUCAGAAAUUCUUCGCCUGCGAGCGCCGGAGACAAAUGUUGCUGGCGGUGGACUACCUGGUCGCGGACAAGGACGUCGGCGUCGUGGACGCGCUCCCAUUGGUGGCCGACUGAAGCGCCUCCUUUCCAGCAAGGCCCUCCUUGUCAGCGCUCGCGCCAUUAACCAUCCUUCGCUGGAUGGGUGCAGCCCCUCAGCGACAUCCGUCCUGCCACUUCAUCACCAGCAUCAGUUCCCGCUCUCGCCGUUGACUUUACAAGAUGACAUCCGGAGAACGGACACCGCCCUGCCACUCUCCGCAACCCUGUGCACAGUGAACCGUGUUAUGCGACCUUCAUCUGCUGCAGUCUUUAUAGAAACGCAUGAGCGGACACAGAAUCAAACUGUCUUCCCUAACCGCUCCAGUGUUUCUGUGUCGAGUGGACUUGGGAGACGCGAUGGUAAUAAUAGUGUCGUUGACGCAACGGGCGACGGGACAGCGGCAGGUAAUGAAGACUCAUUGACGCCUGAUAGACGCGGCCGAUCCUGCCUUUGGCAUCUGUGUCCGUCUUUACGCAAACAAUGCGGUAAGUCACACCACCUCAAAUGCUCCUUUGCACGUUAUCUUCUGGCUUUGCCUUGUAAGCCAUUUCGCCGCUUCAAUGGACGUCGAAUGCCGAAUGAGAACCUGUUUGUCCUGAGUAUGAUCCAAAUCCUCUGCGGUCUGGCUUCAGUUAUACUGUCGGGCGUAGCGGUUACGAAACUGGUCUUCCUUUACCAGAUGGCAACGGGUCUGUGGUCGGGCUUCCUGAUGCUGGCUACUGGCCUCCAUGGCAUCCUCACCUCACGACGUUGCAACCAUCGGACUUUAAUCAGCCUUUUGGUCUUUUGUGUACUGGUUGCAUUGGCUGCCUGUCUCCUGGCCUCCGUCUCGGUCGCCGGUCUAAUUGAGGAUGGGCUUCUGCGUCCGGAAACAUCAUUUUCAGUCCUCAGUGCCCCUAGCGUGUCCUCUGCUUCAUCCGCUGCCUCUUAUUAUGAUUUACUACCGCCGUCUCGCCAGGAUAAAAGCCUUGCCUUUGAAGGUAGGAUGAAGUAUCCACUCCUUAGGGACAGUGAGACGCCCAUACGCUUUUCGUUAGAAACUCAACCGUCGCGUCUACACCAAGUUGUGCUGCAUAUCCUCCUCUUGGUGAUCGGCAUUCUAGAGGCCUGUGUUAGUGUGGCCUGCGCCGUACUCUGCUGUCGUCAGGUCUGUCCCUCUGCAGUUCCUCCCCUCUCGGCCAUUAACUACCUCCGAAAUCGGGGCGCCACCUUGAUCCCCGGUGGUGCUGAAUUCCUCCUAGCGGUAGCAGUAGAACCUGACCAACCACCUCCGACCCUUCUUGAUUACAAGAUCCCACCGCCGGAUUUUCACCCUUCUGUGCAGCCCUUCUUGCCGCGUCCCGGCCGUCGAGCCUUCAUUCUUACGCAAGCGGAGACGGGCAUUCAUGCUCUUGCUGCUGCCCAAACCAUCGCCGGGCUCCUUUCACCCAGCGGACGAAAUCAGUUGGAACCAGUAGACGAAGCGUGCACCUGCCAGCAGACGCUGUUUGCUCAGGAUCCGUCUUUACCGUCGCGUCCAUUUGUCCGCCGGGCACUGCGGAGGUUUAGAUCACGACUCCGUCCUCGGGGGUUCCGGCACACCUCAGAGACAUCGCGGAAACGGGCAGCUGCAGCACAACUCAUGUCUCAGUUGAUUUCGCUCCUGCCAACACUCGAUGUCAACAACAUUAACAACGGCGGUGGCGCUGACGGCAGUUCGCGAUACAUCACAACCCUCUUGUAUGUACUCUCAUCUCCUUCCCCGAGCGAACCGCCAAUGAUCUUUCCACCUUUCCCUCCAGCCUACUGUCGUGAAGAGACUCGAUUGGAGUCCCCACCAGCGCCUGACAUCAGUCGGGUUCUUCAACCGCAGUCAUUUAACAUUGAUCCCUUUCUGUGCUCUACAGUCCUGCCCCAUUCUCCCUCUACUUCUCACGGCCAUCCCAUUCCACCGAUCCUUCGUGCGCCUGCUGUCAGUCAUGGAAGAAGCCAGUCGCGUGGUGGUCAUGCCAACUUUCUUCGCUCUAACCCGCUCCCCCCUCCCCCAACUCCCAUCGUAGUCCGCUCCUCCACUCGGCGACAGUUAGGGCCCACUGCCGAAACUGCACCCGGCUUUUCCUCCUUCCGCUCCGCCUGGCCAUUCCAGCGCCAUUCUAAUCCCCUGUUGCCAGCGGUAACGCUAUUCGGCGACCGCAUUCUCCAACCUGUGCUUGUGAUAGAGGACCAGCAGUCCAACAAGGACCGCCCCCCGCCUCACUACGCCAGUACUGAUCGACUGCAGCCACUUCUGCCGCCACUUUAUCCAUUCCAGAUGGCUGAUGGAAGAUAA